AGAGCAGAUACGAAGAAAACAGAAAGGACAAUGGAUACCUAAGAAAAGGUUUGAUCUUAAAAGUAACAGAAUCGCGACGCGAAGACACGAGCUCCGCAGUACCUUUAUGUAGACGGUUUUAAAAAGUGGAUUAAUAAAUCAAGGUAGUCAGUAUACAUUUGUAUCUCCGAGUGUCUGACGCAUUUCAAAAAAUUAAUCGCGAUGAUGAAGUUAUUAUAUUUACUGGCUAUAUUUUUCAUAAAGUACCACGCAGGAUAUCAUUUUUGUGGUCUGGAAAUUAAUGGUGUCCCAUUGGCAGGAAUUAAUCCAAAAAUAGGUUGGAUCUUCGCGCCAUACAUAUGCACAUUAUACCAACCCCAAAACAGAUUUAAAAUUCCGCUCAAAUACUCGUACUAUAAAAAUAAAAUUGAAUAUUACGGAGCUAUUUCAAUUGGAACGCCACCUGUGCAGAUGAAUGUUCAGUUUGAUACAGGAUCGUCUUCGUUGUGGGUUCAUUCAACUCGUUGUGAUAGUCCGGCAUGCCCAAGUACUCAAAAUCGUACUCGAUAUGAUCACCGCUCCUCAGAAACGUACCAAAAAUAUGAGAAAGAGGACGAAUCAUCUACCUUAUGGUAUGGUUCAGGAUCUGUAAACGGAUUUUGGUCUCGUGAUACGAUUUCAAUAAAUGGCUACAAAGUGAAUAAUCAACGAUUUCUUGAACCCACAGACAUGUCUGAGCAAAUCGCGAACAGAGCAUACGAUGGGAUCAUGGGAUUAAAUUACAAACGAGAGAGGGAUUCAAUCAACAUAAUAUCAAAAUAUUGUGAACAACUAGGAGUCAACGACACUGUAUUUUCAUUUUAUUUAACCAAGAACAAUGGUGGCGAGAUAAUAUUAUGCGGUACAGAUAGAUCCAAGUACAAGUACCAGGAAAAACUGAAAUACGUGAAUGAAGUGGAAAAAAGCUCCUUAGGUAUCUCAUGGACAAUACCUGUAGAAAAAGUUUCAAUUACGAGUGAUUACACCGACAAAAGAUAUACUGAAAUAAUCGCCACGAGUAAUACAGCUCUAGUUGCUACCGGAUCAUCAUUUAUUCAUGGGCCAGAGGAACACGUUACUGCAAUUAAAAGAUCUAUUGAGUCAAUCCUCUCAACGAUACAAGACCCGAGAGCAAACUUACACAAACUGCCAAACAUAACAUUCACGAUUGGUGGAGAAGAUUAUGUCCUUACAGGACAAGAUUAUAUUAUAAUAGACCAUGACAACGUCAUAGUCGGUUUAGAUGAAACGAAUACUCCAUCUACAUCUGAAUGGGUUUUGGGAGGUGUUUUUCUUCGCAAAUACUACUCUGUAUUCGACAUGAAAAAUCACCGAAUAGGUUUCGCCGAAAGCAUACACAAUUGAAUGAAUGUUUUCAAUUGCUUCAGUUGAUGAGCUCUUUCUGAGCUCCACAAGUAAGUUUCUCAUUUUCAAUUUUUGAGAAGAGUGAUACAGUAAAUUCUGAAUCGUGUAUUUAGAUGGAUAAGUAAUGGUAAAGAAAAUACUGCACCAAAUUUUCUAAUGAAUAAUCAAGUGUAAGGUAUUUUAAGACUUCAUAAUAGGUCUAUGUAUUAAGUUAGGUAUAUUUAUAUUUUAUACCAUUGAUGUGGUGGUCAUUAUUAUCUGAAAACCAUAUCCUUGAUCUUUCUUUUGUCAGUUUUUUCUCACCAAGAGAUUGUCUGUACUAUUAUUUUAAUUGAAUACUAAUAAUUAAACGAAUUUUCCUAGA